CUUGGGCUGGGUUUUUAUUCAUAGUAACAGAACCAUGGCCCAGAACCAUAAGCUUCUCAAACCCACCCAUUUUUUCUAGCAUUUAAACUCUACUAGCCUACAGCACUUGCUGCGACAUGUCACCAGUACCGAGUUCCAUGAUAUGAUGAACACUUUCAUGUAUUAUCCUGCUUUCAUUAUCUGCAACUUUUCAAUCUACUCACCACUGUUGUACACAUAAAUAGGGACUUGAAAAGUCGCAAACAAUCGAAAAUGGGAACAUUUCCGUAAAAGAUUCUGGCAACCAUAUAAUGGGAGACUGAGACCUGCAACCUCCACUAAACCCUAAUAAAUGGAGCAGUUAGUUGUUAGGGUUUGAUCCAUUGACAAUAGUUUCUUGUACAAUAAAUAAACGACGGAUUUUCUUUCUACAAAUUAAUGGCCGGGGCCUAAACCCUUACCAGUUCCAGCCAUAGAGGGAAGAACCUUUCUUUUGGUUUCUUGAUUUUCAGUUAGUGACUAACAAAUCAUAUUGAAAACCAAACUGCAACUGCUUCUUAGUUUUACCCUCGUACACUUGUCCAGACCUCCCCCAUGGGCUCACCAAUAAUAAUCGACAUAAAUGAAAGUGAGUAAGCCAAUGGCAGUUGAAGUAUUUAAGUUUAGUCCACUAUAAUGGUAGCACGUUACCUCUGCACCCAACUUUCAGUACAUAGUAUAAAUGUGAAGGCACCUGCUCUAUUUCACCAUCCAAUUAGCUCAGCUCUCAGUUUAUACCUUGCUUCUUAGCUUUUGAGUUCCAGUAUCCAAGUUAUUCCAUGGGGUUCCAUCUUCCACACGUAUUUGCAUUCCUCACUUUCACACUGGUGGUAAGCCAUGCUGCUCUAUCACCUCAACUUUACUGGAACUCUGCCUUGCCAAACACACCGAUGCCCAAAACUCUGAGUGAACUUCUGCAAUCUGACUUCAGCGAAGAAAAGAGCUCCUCAGUUGUGGUAGGAAAGGGUGGUGUUCAUGUUGACACUGGGAAAGGAAAGCCUGGAGGUACCAAUGUGAAUGUCGGUAAGGGUGGGGUGAACGUGCACGCUCCAACCAAAAAACCAGGUGGUGGUACCAACGUCAACGUUGGAAAGGGAGGCGUAAAUGUGCAUACUGGGAAAGGAAAGCCAGGGGGCGGUACUAAUGUCAACGUAGGGGGAAAAGGUGGUGUUGGAGUGCACACUGGAAAGCCCGGCAAGAGAACCAAUGUUAGUGUUGGCAAAGGAGGAGUGCAUGUAAGCACAGGUCACAAGGGAAGACCUGUAUAUGUUGGAGUAACACCAGGCAAAAACCCAUUCAAUUACCUCUAUGCUGCUACUGAGACUCACCUACAUGAAAAUCCACAGGUUGCUAUUUUCUUCUUGGAGAGGGACAUGCAUCCUGGCACAAAGAUGAACUUGCACUUCACUACAAGUUCAAAUGCAGCAACUUUCCUUCCACGCGAAACUGCAGAAUCAAUCCCUUUCUCAUCUAAUAAACUGCCUGAAAUUUUGAACCAGUUUUCAGUAAAACCAGAAUCUGUGGAAGCAGACACGCUCAAGCAAACCAUUGAAGAGUGUGAGAAACCAAGCAUUAGAGGAGAGGAAAAAUACUGUGCAACCUCUUUAGAGUCAAUGGUUGAUUUCGGCACGUCCAUGCUUGGAAAAAACAUUAAGGCAGUCUCAACAGAGGUUGAAAAGGGAACCACCAUGCAGAAGUACACAAUAUUGCCUGGAGUGAAGAAGCUGGCAGGCGAAAAAUCGGUUGCAUGUCAUAAGCAGAACUAUGCCUAUGCUGUUUUCUACUGUCACGCCACAACAACCACAAGAGCUUAUAUAGUGCCACUGAAAGGUGCUGAUGGAGUGAACGCCCAAGCAGUAGCAGUCUGCCACACGGAUACCUCAGAAUGGAACCCGAAGCAUUUAGCCUUCCAAGUGCUCAAAGUGAAGCCAGGAACCGUUCCCAUCUGCCAUUUUCUACCUAGUGAUCAUGUUGUUUGGGUUCCUACCCAGAAAUCCACAUAAGAUGAAU